AAGAACAAGAAAGACGACAAUGGACAUAGCUCUCUUUUCCCCAUCUUCGCUUUUUGCAAACGACGAUGACUCUUCCGGUGAGGAAACCACAGAGACCCAGCAAAGCUUCGUAGAGAGGAAGCAUCAGUUUCCUGGAAUGGAGUUGAUGGUUCGAGAAUUUUCAUUUCAUCAGCUGAAUGCCAAUUUACUUUGGCCUGGAACAUUUGCAUUUGCGGAAUGGUUAGUUCAAAACAGGCCAUUGAUUGAGGGACGACAUUGUAUUGAACUGGGCAGUGGUACUGGUGCUUUGGCUAUUUUCCUACGAAGAUUGUGUAAUCUUGACAUCACUACAUCAGACUAUAAUGAUCAAGAAAUUGAAGAGAAUAUAGCUUACAACUGCAGGGUAAAUGGAAUUGCACCUGCUCUCCCUCAUAUAAAGCAUACCUGGGGUGACGGCUUCCCCUGUAGUGAUCCAGACUGGGACCUGAUUAUUGCAAGUGAUAUCUUAUUGUAUGUGAAACAGUAUCCAAAUUUGAUUAAAACUCUUUUGUUUCUCCUGAAAUCUUACAAGACAAAGGGGAAUGAAUCACAGCCUCGAGCCAAGGAUGAGCCAACUGGGCAAUCUUUCAGUUUACCCCGGCCCUCAUUUCUGAUGAGUUGGAGACGAAGAAUUGGAAAAGAGGACGAAUCACUAUUCUUUAGGGGUUGUGAGGAUGCUGGUCUAGAAGUAAUGCAUCUGGGAUCUCGGGUCUAUUGCAUCAAACCAAGAGAAACUACUACCGACCGCUACCAAAUAGUGAAUUCUUAGACGUUAACGUUGUUGAUAUUUUUGAAUGAUCUACAAUUCACUCGUUUGAAUUAGAAUCUAACUUUCU